AUGGGAGGAUGCGUGGCGACGUUGAUGGUGCGACGAGGUCGCGCGUGCGAGGUGCCGGAUCGCUACAUUGAGGAGCGCCGCCGCUACGGGCCCUUGGCCGUGGCGUGCGCCCCGCCGGAGGAUGACGCCUCGUCCGCCGUGUACCGCGUUGCCGGGGUCACGGAUGAGGAACACGGCCGGAUUUGCAGGGAGUGGUACGAGGGGGAAAACAUGUUGCAGCGGCUGGAGAAGGCCUGCGCGGAGCGGGGUGACCGGCGUGCGAUCGCGUACCGCACCGUUCAGAAGGUUGAGACGGAGGAGCGAACGGACUCCACGGGGCGCGCGCGGAAGUGGCAGGUGACCUACCUCAACGAUCCGACGUACAUGAGCUACGGGGAUCUCUGGGAGAGGAUUAUCGCCUUUGGCAAGGGGCUCCGCGAGUUGGGGCUGGCGGAAGGCGCCGCCAUGGCCAUCUAUGAGGACUCGCGCUGGGAAUGGCUGACCUCGCUGCUCGCUGCCUGGACACAGAGCAUGGUCGGUGUGACGGUGUACGCAAACCUCGGUGAGGCAGCCUUGCUGCACGCGCUAAUGCAGGCCGAGUGUCCUGCUAUUGUAUGUAAUGGGAAAUCGGUCACAACGCUGCUGCCCCUUCUGCGCAGGGCAAAACUGGACCGUACCGUCGUGAUUUACCUCGACGUGCUUCCUGCCGGCCUCGAUGCCGAGGGCAUGAAGCUGGUUCCAUGGAGCGCUGUUUUAAACGCGGGUCGUCAGAGUUCUUUUACCCACUGCGUACCGAGUGACUGCAAUCGCACCGCGCUCAUUAUGUACACAAGCGGCACGGAGGCAGAGCCAAAGGGCGUCAUUCACACCUUUGGCUCACUUAACGCCGGUGCAGCCGCUCUUGGCGAUCGUUUAAGUGAGUUAACAGGACCGAAGGAGGAGGGGGAGACGUAUCUUGUUUACCUGCCACUGGCCCACAUUCUGGAGUUUAUUUGCGAGAUGAUCAUGCUAACCCGUGGGUCGCUCCUGUGCUACGGUAACCCCCGCACCCUCACCGACGUGAGCGCACGACCGCGGGGGGACUUGGCCGAAUUUAAGCCCAUGCUGUUCGUGGGUGUCCCACGCAUCUUUGAGACCAUACGAAAGACGGUGCUGAGCCAACUCCCGCCCGUGGGUAGUGUAAAGCGCUCUGUUUUUGACGCCGCCUACGCCGCGCGGUUGCAGGCGAUACGGGAGGGAAGGGACACACCCUUCUUGAAUGAAAAGGUGUUUAAGCUCCCGCGGGCCAUGUUUGGGGGCAAAGUGCGAGGCAUCGUCAGCGGUGGUGCCCCGCUUGGUGACAAGACGCAGGAGUUCAUGAACGUCGUGUUCGGUAUUCCCAUGGCACAGGGGUAUGGCCUGACGGAAACGUGUUGCAACGCGACGGUGCAGCGGACGGGUGAGUUGUACCCGGCCGCAGGUCAGUUAUUGAAGGGCAUUGAGGCGAAGCUGUGCGACACAGAGGAGUACAAGCACACAGACAAGCCUCACCCACGUGGUGUGCUUCUGCUGCGCGGCCCAUCCCUUUUCAAGGGCUACCUGAAGCAGGAGAAGCUAACACAUGAGCUGGUUAACGAGCAGAGUGGGUGGUUCCAAACGGGUGAUGUGGUGGAGAUCGACGAUAGCGGGAAUAUGCGCAUUAUUGGCCGCGUGAAGGCGCUGGCAAAAAAUCUAUUGGGGGAAUACAUUCCCCUCGAGUUCCUGGAGGCCCUGUAUGGGCAGCAUGAGCUGGCGUGCCCGAACGGCGUCUGCGUGCUUGUCCACCCGCAGCGUGCGUACAUCUGCGCCCUUGUCCUGACGGAGGAGCCGCGGGCAAUGAAGUUUGCUGCCGCCAACAAAAUCCCUGGCACCUGGCCGGAGGUGUUGCAGGAGCCGCUGUUUCAACAACGCGCGGCGGCGGCGCUCGCGGCGCUGGCGAAGGCGGAGGGACGUUGCCAGUUUGAGCUGCUGCGGCACGUGCGGGUGCUGGGCGAGGAGUGGACGCCGGAGAACGGGAUCCUCACGGCGUCGAUGAAGAUUCGCCGCUCCGCCGUCGACACGCGCUACGCGGACGUCAUUGAGGAGCUCUUUGUGAGCGAGUGA